UCGUCCAACUGGACACAGUAGAAUCAAUUCAACCAUGGCGAAGUGCGUUUCGAUCGCGGUUUUGAGUGCCAUGAUCUUCUGUUUCGCCGGGACAUCGGCAGAUGACCGGAUAUUCUUCAACGCGGAGGACGAACGCCGGUGGAACACGCCGCCAGAACUCAUACCAGAAUCAGUUGGGAAAUCUAAAGUGGCAACGGCAGAUCCUCAGGGCAGAUUCCUGCCGUUUUCUGCCUCAUUUUCCCUCAGUGCAGGCGAGAAUAAUGCUCACUCACUAAACGUCGGGGCGAAUAAUGGAGGAGUCAGUCUGUCGCAAAGUGCAAGUCAGGCUGACAGCUUUGGCUCUUUUGCCGGUAAAGGACCCGGGUUAUCAGCGAGUCAAUCUUCGUCCUUCUCCGCGGGUCUAACGGGUAUCUCAGCGUCAGACUCAAACGCGUUCAACCUGAACCACCCGAUCUUCGGAGGGACUUCGCAGGCCAACAGCAAUUCGUUCAGCCUGGGCGAGGCGACUGCAACAUCGCACGGCGGCGCGAACAACGGACACGCAACAUCCGGUGCGCAGUCCAGCGUGGGCGGCGUGUCUUCAGGAGCGACUUCCGGCGCCGGCGGCGGGCACUCUUCGGCCGGCGGCGAGGCUUCGGCCUUCGAAUACCAAGGUCACCGUCAGGGUCGCCCGAUUUGGACAAACUUUGGACCAAACACGGAACCGAACCGGAACAACGGCUGCAGGGGCUACCGUCACAGGGGCAACUUCCGGUCCGGAAACUACUUUAACCCGAGCAGCGGCUGCGGAAGCGGCAACAGUGUCGACGGUGCGAAUCGCCAACCCUCCACACAAAUCUCAGCCGCCUCGGCAAGCUCCGGCGCUUCCUCAACCGGAAAUGGAUUCUCCUUUGGCCAGUCCGUCUCGCAGAGCAAUUCGGGGCCCAACGGACCCUCCGCUUCGACUAGCCACAAGGUUCAGACGUCCGGAAACGCUCAGGGCUUCUCUCAGGGCUCCGCCGCCGCGGUGGGUCAGACGAACGGACAAACCGAAGCCAGCUUCGGCUCUGGGACCCUCGUCGGGAGCUCCCAGGGGACCGGAAACUCCUUCGGGAGCACCGUUUCAGUCAAUAGAGGGCAGCACUCGGUGGGUCAGGUCGACUCGCACACUCACGGAGACGGAACGGUUCAGGGCACUGCCAAUGCUGGCUCCGUCAGCUUCGUCAGGUUUCCGGAGGACUCUGACCAGAAUAUCCCCCGCGAGUUUGUCAGGAGUCGGCCCACUUCUCGAUCGGAAGAUCACCGCAGACGCAAGGCCAACAGAAGCAGACAUCCGGUUGAUACCAUCAUCACAGAGAUUACAGACUCCGUUGCGGACCUCUUUGAUAUUUGAUCGAAGUAAUUAAGGCGCGAUUAAUGAGCCGUGGUGACUUCGUUUUAUCUAGUUACUGCAAAUAAUUUUUCAUGAAAAAGAGUUUGAACGGUUUUACACAAUUUCACGUAGGCACGUACGAUUAGGUUCUUAAGAAUGUUAUGUUAUUAAUGGGUCUAAUAAAAU